UCAAGACUGAAGCGGAUAGAGAAACUAACCACCUCUGUAUUCUCCUCCAUCGUGGAUUUAUGAAAGAUGAAAUCUUCUCAUAACCUUUCUCUACUGAAACUUUCUGAUUUUUCAGUUCCAUUUUCUAAUAUCAUUAAACAUAUUGAAGCGAGGAAACCUCGGACAGAUCAAGACUCGAAAUCAUCUACUUACAACGUACCUGUAGCUGCUAAAAAAAGGAUUUUGAUGAAAGCAAAAAAAUCAUGGAAAUAUAAAAAGGCCACCCUUUAUGCAGUUUGCGAUGAGUUUCUAAAAAAUGGAACUGUUGCUGAAUUGAGAAAUAAUGUGCCUGAAGGCGUAAAAAAAGAAGAUUGACCUGACUUUCUUGAUAUAUAUCUAUCCAAAAUAUUUGAAGACGCUAGGGAAAGAGGGAAGGUUGCAAGGUCCAAUGUAAUAACACCACAUAGUACUGGUAGAAAAGACAUUCCAAGAGUGGAACAUAAGAUGAAAAAGGAGAACCCAGAUGGUAAGAUGGAUAGACCUGUACUGUAUUUGGCUACACAUGUCUACAUGGAUAUCCCAGAUGAUCCGUUACAUCCUAAACAUGUUCCAGCAAAGAAAGUGGAAGAGGUUAGAGAAUUAUACGAACGCGAUCCUAGCUCAUCAACACAAAAGCAUUUGGAUUCUGAUGCUGUUUCAUCGGUCUUUGGACGUGAUGGAAAGGGCUAUGUGCGUGGGAUGGGUGGCGAGGUAUCGAAGACAUAAAUACUUACUUCUGCAGCUUGCAGGGAACAAUUCACUACGGGAAAAAUCAUCAUUGACGACACAAGAUAAGAGUUGUAGUACCCCUACGACAACUCCAUUUCAUGCAUUGUGGAAUGGGGAUAUUGUAGAAAGUCGAAGUUUUUCUACAAUGGAUGACAAGUGUUGUAAAGGGUGAUGUGAUUCAUGGUUCGGCAAUAGUUUGUCAAUGUUGUGAUUCUCUUUCGAUUUUUUUUGAUAACCUAACACAACUCUUGC